AAUGUAGACAAACAUGUUAAGCUAUUAACAUACUACGAAUUAUAUUGUUGCCUUGUUGGGAUCUUCAUCUUCCAAAUUACUGCUUCUCAUAAAAGCCGGUACCUCUGAUUUUUGGAUCAGGUUAUUAUUCAUUCUACCAUAAUAGAAAGAUAUACACUAUGGGCGCUAUGAACAUAGACAGACGAUCUCUUGUUUUGGUGAUAUCUGCUCUUAUUGUCUUGCCAUUCGAUCUUUUCGUACAUUCAGCACCGCUUUCUGGUACCGAUGAUGGGUCAGAACAGUGGGGAUACGUCGAAGUCCGGCCAAAGGCUCAUCUGUUCUGGUGGUGGUAUAAAAGCCCUCACAGGGUUGAAGAUCCAACAAAACCAUGGCCAACACUUCUUUGGCUCCAAGGAGGUCCGGGAGUGUCCGGUGUCGGGUUCGGGAAUUUCGGGGAGAUCGGACCAUUGAAUGGGAAUCUGGAGCCACGGAACGCUACAUGGCUAUGCAAGGCAGACCUCCUGUUCGUGGACAGUCCGGUAGGCACCGGGUUCAGUUACACAGAGGAUGAGAGCCUGAUGGUGAAAACAGACUAUGAGGCCGCGGCCGAUAUGACCACACUACUGAUGGAGCUCUUCAACAAAAAUGAAACACUUCAGAGGAGCCCUCUGUACAUUUUCGCAGAAUCAUAUGGUGGAAAAUUCGCCGUCACUCUCGGACUCACUGUCCUAGAAUCAAUCGACGCAGGAAAGCUUAAGCUUCAGCUUGGGGGAGUAGCUUUGGGUGACAGUUGGAUAUCGCCGGAAGAUUUCAUGUUGUCUUGGGGCCCGCUUCUUAAAGAUGUGUCACGGAUCGAUAAUAAUGGUCUGAACAGCGCUAAUAGUUUGGCUCUGAAGGCACAGAAACAAAUUGCAGAAGGUAAAUUCAAAGAUGCUGCUGAUACUUGGAGCGAGCUCGAGGAUGCCAUCGGGGAGAGCAGCAACUAUGUGAGCUUCUACAACUUCAUGUUGGAUGAGGGGAGCAACCUUGUUGCCAGAAGAAAGAGCACGGCCCGACCGAUCGGCCUGGUGAGGAAUGUGUUUGCAGACUACGUAACUGGUUCGAAAGGAUUAAUCAGUGGCCUAAGCAGCUUGAUGAACGGGCCUAUCAAGAAGAAGCUAAAGAUCAUACCCGAAAACUUAUCAUGGCAAAGUUUCUCGGACCCAGUUUUCUCAGCCUUGAAUGGAGAUUUCAUGAAACCAAGAAUAGAAGAGGUUGAUAAGCUGCUAGCCAAAGCCAUAAAUGUGACGAUAUACAAUGGGCAGCUUGACCUCAUAUGCGCAACUAAAGGUGUAGAAGCCUGGAUCAAUAAGCUCAAGUGGGAUGGUUUGAAAAACUUCAUGCUCGAGGAUCGUAGACCUUUAUAUUGUGGCCUCGAUGCCUCGGUCACGAAAGGGUUCGCAGCAUCCUAUCAAAACCUGUUCCUUUAUUGGAUUCUUGGAGCUGGCCAUAUGGUCCCCAUAGAUCAGCCUUGCGUCUCUUUGGAAAUGGUGGGCAGAGUCACUCAAUCACCCAGUGCUUUUUAAGAAGACACAUUAAUAAGCAUAUAUGUUUUCUCCUUGAAUAUUAUGAAUUUCCCAAGUUAUCAAUUAGCGUAACAUGUAAGAAUGUUCAAUGCUGUCCGUUUCUAUAUAUGAAAUACG